GUGGUGAUACAGGCUCUGACGAGGUUUGUCUGCUCUGAUACGGUAUGUGGUGUGUGUUGUCACGGUGGCCUGUGCCAUGUGUUGCCGCUGUCCCUUGCAUUUAGCACAUCAAGGGUGAUGGAGACGCCUCUUCUCCUCUUGCAGAGAUACCUCAAUCCCUGUGGAAAUUGCUCGACAGCGAGAACUGAAGUGGUUAGAAAUGUUCAGUACUUGGGAUAAGUGGCUGACGAGGCGUUUUCAGAAGGUGAAGCUGAGAUGUAGGAAGGGGAUCCCAUCUUCACUGAGGGCCAAGGCCUGGCAGUUGCUCUCGAACAGUCAUGAUCUUCUGAUGAAAAACCCUGGGAAAUUCGAGGAAAUGGAGCGACAGCAAGGAGACCCCAAGUGGCUGGAUGUAAUUGAGAAAGAUCUCCACCGGCAGUUUCCUUUCCAUGAGAUGUUUGCUGCACGAGGAGGGCACGGGCAGCAGGAUUUGUACCGCAUCCUGAAGGCAUAUACCGUAUACCGACCAGAGGAAGGAUACUGCCAGGCUCAGGCUCCGGUGGCAGCAGUGCUGCUCAUGCACAUGCCGGCUGAGCAAGCGUUUUGGUGUCUGGUCCAGAUCUGUGACAAGUACCUCCCGGGAUAUUAUAGCGCUGGCCUGGAAGCCAUACAGCUGGAUGGGGAGAUUUUCUUUGCUCUGUUGCGCAGAGUUUGCCCCAUGGCUUACAGACACCUGAAGAAGUUUAAGAUUGAUCCCAUCUUGUAUAUGACGGAGUGGUUCAUGUGCAUAUUCUCCCGCACUCUACCCUGGGCAUCAGUGCUGCGUGUAUGGGACAUGUUCUUCUGUGAAGGUGUGAAGAUUGUAUUCCGCGUGGGGCUGGUGUUACUGCGGCAUACCCUGGGGUCGGUGGACAAGCUUCGGAGCUGUCAGGGGAUGUACGAGACAAUGGAGAAGCUGAGGAGUCUCCCGGUGCACUGUAUGCAGGAAGAUGUGCUGCUCCCCGAGGUGAGUUCUGUUCCUGUCACUGAUGCGUUAAUAGAGAGAGAGAGCAACACUCAGUUACGGAAAUGGCGGGAGAAUCGAGGGGAGUUACAGUACCGACCCUCGCGACGUCUACAUGGAGCCAAACAGAUCUAUGAAGAGAAGCUGCGCCUUAAUCCCACCCUGAGUGGCAGCCGGCUUAGUUUGUCCAGCAUUCGACGACCUUCCCCACCACCCACACCAGCUCUCGCUGUCCAGCCUGAAUCUGUAGUGGUGUCUGAAGGACUGCACCCUGCACUGCCGUCCCCCACCUCCAACAAGACUCCCCUCGGACUACCCAAGAAGGGCAAGGAGAAGCAAAAGGAGCAAGAGAAAAAAAAAGAGAAAGAAGAGCGCGAGCUCGAAAAGAAGAGGGAAAAGGAGGAGCGAGAAGAGCGCCGGAGGGAGAAAGAGCGGGAAAAGCAGAAAGAGAAGGAGGAAAAGCGAGUGCAGAAAGAGAGAGAGAAAACAGAUUCCAGACAGAAGAGAGAGAGGAAAUUUUCCUUCAGACGCAAAGAAUCUUCUCCUGCCUCAGACUCCCCGCAAAACAGUGGCCCCAGGGCCACAGACAGCAGUGCAGCUCAUGACACUUACUUCUGAGGGCCACAUAGUAAAGCUGCUUGUCAGUGGCCCUAGAGUCUUAUGGGCUGGAGUGUCCUGCCGGAUGAGACGACUUGUUACCUGUGCUCCUGGCUCUGCUAUGCCCUGAUUUCCGCAGCUGGGGACGGUGAUACCUCUCACAUUGUCAUAGGAAACCCUAAAACUGGAAACCCUUUACUCCAAGGCACUUUUUUCCCCCCGUUCUCCAGCAGCAGCUUUCUCCUCUGUGUAUCGACGUGUGGGACAGUGGCCUCUGUUCUGUUCAGGAGGAGAAACGCUAUUCUUCCACCUUUGGCCUGUUUUCCUUCUUUCAUCACUGCUGCAUGCCCAUCAUUCUCCUGGCACCUGCAUCGUAGAGGUGUGAGCAGGCGUCGGUGAGGUGCCCAUGGCGGUGCCUUGUAGACAAGCGGCUGCCUCGUUUUGCACUCUGGAUUGAAAUGAAUGGAAUGUCCUUGUUUACAACCAUGUGAGGGACUGCACUUGAUUUGUGUCCCCUUCCCGAUUCUUGCCUUUGGUGCAUGCCCCUCCCCCACAUUUCAGUUUUAUUUGUAUAUAUUUUGGUUACGUUGCUUUAUGUUUUUAAGUGAUUCUAUAACUGUCUUCUAAGCUUACUGUAUGCAGCUAAUUCCACCAUAUGUGCUCUGCACAACAUGGGGCAAUAUGGACCGAAGACUUGUGUACAUAUAUGUAUAUUUAUCUCCGUGUGGAAGGUGAGACGUGAUUUGUGCCGAGGCUCAUCCUGCAAUGCAUCCAAUCACUGCUUAUCCUAAGCUGCCUCUGCCCUAACUAUAGGACCUCCUCCCCUCUGCUCCUAAAUAAUGAGCUCCUGUCUCUGCACCAUCCCUAUAAUGACCCCUUCUCUCUGUGCCAUCCAUAUAUUGACCUCUUCUCUCUGCUCAAUCCCUAUAAUGACCUCUUCUCUCUGCGCCAUCCCUAUAAUGACCUCUUCUCUCUGCUCAAUCCCUAUAAUGACCUCUUCUCUCUACGCCAUCCCUAUAAUGACCUCUUCUCUCUGCGCCAUCCCUAUAAUGACCUCUUCUCUCUGCUCCAUCCCUAUAAUGACCUCUUCUCUCUACGCCAUCCCUAUAAUGACCUCUUCUCUCUACGCCAUCCCUAUAAUGACCUCUUCUCUCUGCUCCAUCCCUAUAAUGACCUCUUCUCUCUGCUCCAUCCCUAUAAUGACCUCUUCUCUCUGCGCCAUCCCUAUAAUGACCUCUUCUCUCUGCUCAAUCCCUAUAAUGACCUCUUCUCUCUGCGCCAUCCCUAUAAUGACCUCUUCUCUCUGCGCCAUCCCUAUAAUGACCUCUUCUCUCUGCUCCAUCCCUAUAAUGACCUCUUCUCUCUGCGCCAUCGCUAUAAUGACCUCUUCUCCCUGCUCCAUCCCUAUAAUGACCUCUUCUCUCUGCGCCAUCGCUAUAAUGACCUCUUCUCUCUGCUCCAUCCCUAUAAUGACCUCUUCUCCCUGCUCCAUCCCUAUAAUGACCUCUUCUCUCUGCUCCAUCCCUAUAAUGACCUCUUCUCUCUGCGCCAUCGCUAUAAUGACCUCUUCUCUCUGCGCCAUCCCUAUAAUGACCUCUUCUCCCUGCUCCAUCCCUAUAAUGACCUCUUCUCUCUGCUCCAUCCCUAUAAUGACCUCUUCUCUCUACGCCAUCCCUAUAAUGACCUCUUCUCUCUGCGCCAUCGCUAUAAUGACCUCUUCUCUCUGCGCCAUCCCUAUAAUGACCUCUUCUCUCUGCUCCAUCCCUAUAAUGACCUCUUCUCUCUGCUCCAUCCCUAUAAUGACCUCUUCUCUCUGCGCCAUCCCUAUAAUGACCUCUUCUCUCUGCGCCAUCCCUAUAAUGACCUCUUCUCUCUGCUCCAUCCCUAUAAUGACCUCUUCUCUCUGCGCCAUCCCUAUAAUGACCUCUUCUCUCUGCGCCAUCCCUAUAAUGACCUCUUCUCUCUGCUCCACUCCUUAUCUCCAAUGCAAGUUCUUAACACAUUAUCCACUGAGUUUAAUGACUCCGUACAUAAUCCAGCUGUUAUGGCCACCUACCUGUAUGUUCUGCAUGAUACAUUUCAUUAAGACUCCACAUCUGGCGUCCUCUCCUGCACUGAAGAUUGGAACUGGAUUUUAUUUAAUAUUCUGAGUCUGUGGUGGACAGUUUUUGUUGCGCCUCUAUUACAUCGAUUUAACCCUGAGCCGCGUCAUCUGUGCUGUGUGCAGGGUGACCCGCCGUGGCCCAUUACUGCUGUAAUAUGUAAAUAAAGUGCAGUAAAUCCACACAGCUGUCGGGCCGGGGUCGGCUGUGGUACCUCA